CCGACGGGGCUGCCGGUAUUGCCCGGGAUGUUUGUAGAUGUAAAUCCAGUGGGCUGCUGCUGGUGGUCUAAUUAUAUGUUACAACGGCUUGCCACAUACUUUUUGCUCUCGCUGGGAACUGACUAGAGGAACGGAAAAUGGCGGACCUCGAAGACGUUACGCUGGACGGGAGACCCCUCCAGUCCCUCCGUGUAGCGGACUUAAAAGCAGCUCUUGAAGAGAGAGGACUGUCAAAAAGCGGACAGAAGAAUGCUCUCGUUAAAAGGCUCAAGGGGGCUCUCAUGCUGGAGAAUUUGCAGAGGACCUCCACUCCUCAUAUUGGACUGCAGCCAAACUCACAGAUUGGUGAGGAAAUGAGCCAGAACAGUUUUAUUAAGCAGUAUCUGGCUCAGCAACAGGAGCUCCUGCGGCACCGUCUGGAGAGAGAGGCUCGGGAAGCAUAUGAAACAAAUGAUCAACAGGACCACAGAGACAUUAACAACAGUACAUCUUGCCCUCCUCCUGCUCAGGAUGUCCCAGCACCUGGGCAGCACAAGCUCCCCGGCCCUUCUGUUGYUGAGGGAUUGUUCGGUUCUGUGAAUGCAGCACAAGACAACAGGAAUCAGGAGGCUGAUGUGUCCAGUCCACCUGCUUCAGCCUCCGUGGCCAUGCGGGUUCCCGUCGUUGAGCAGCGGUCAGAGCGAGGUUCUGCUUCCAGCGAAGUUGCAGGCGACAGUGACGAUGAAGAUAGCGAGGGUGGGGAUGACGAUGACGACUGGGGAAACAGUGCUCCGAGGAGGAGCCUCAGAGAGCCGCCCAGAGUCCCCGCCGCGAGGGAAAGGUCUGGUGCACCACGUCAACCCCAGCAGCAACACAUCCCUUCUCUGUUGUCCCCUCAGCUCCGCCAGCCAACGCCUCCUCCAUCCCCGCCUCCAGAGCUAUCUUUCCCCUUACCUGACACCCCUAAACAGAGCCCGCCUAGCCCACCUGCUGCUCAAGCCAGGCACUCCCCCAGCUCCUCAAGCUCCGGUUCUUCCAGUAGCGGCAGUCGCAGUAGCAGUCCAGAGCCUCAAAGGAGUGGACAUGCAGAAAGGAAGCCUGGUCCGCUGACCCUUCUUGCUCGCAAGAUGGAGUCCGAGGGGGCCUUCUCUGGAGCAGCCUGCUAUGGCACAGAUGGCGAAGGUGAACGGCAGGAUAGCAGCUCACCUUCAGCUAUGUUGUUUCCUGGCAGGUGUGCACCAGACGGUCUGGUUUCUGCUGUACCUCACACAGCCAACYCUGGCAGCCAUGUGUCAUUUCCCAUGAUUCCUGGAGCCCACCAGGGUGUCACACAUUCUGCCCCCCUCCAGCUUCCUGUAAYUGUGCUUAAGGCUACUGCAGCAGAGGAAAGGGACAGAGAGAGGGAGGCUGAGAUGAAAAGAGAACAAGCACUUGAACUGGAAAGGCAAGAGAAGCUGAGACAAAUUGAAAAAGAACGAGCAGCAGAGGAAGAACGAGAAAAAUCCCUCGCGCUAGAGCGAGAAGAACGGGAGAAGGCCUUGGAAAGAGAAAAGGCUUUACAGCGAGAGCAAGAACUUGCUCUAGAAAAAGAAAGACAGGAGAGGGAAAUGACUUUGGCUAAAGAGAGGGAGGAGCAUAAGAGGGCCAUAGAGCUGGAGCGACAGAGGGAGCUCGAAAGACAGAGAGCCCUGGAGGAAGAACGCCUUCAGAGAGAAAGAGAAGAGAAGGCAAAGCAGGAAAGAGAGGAAAUGGAGAGGGCAAUGCAGCUAGAAAGAGCGAAGGCUUUGGAGCUAGAACGGCUAGAGAAAGAGAAGGCUCUUGAGCAGGAGAGGUUAGAGAGGGAACGUGCUUUAGAGGCUGAGAGAACAGAAAAGGAAAGAAUUGAGAGAGAAAAGGCUCUAGAACAGGAGAGACUGGAAAAAGAACGAAUCGAGAGAGAAAAGGCUCUAGAACAGGAGAGGCUAGAAAGAGAACGGAUCGAGAGAGAAAAGGCUCUAGAAAAGCAGAGGCUAGAAAGAGAACGGAUCGAGAGAGAAAAGGCUCUAGAAAAGGAGAGGCUAGAAAGAGAACGGAUCGAGAGA